UUCUACUGGAUGAAGAUAUGGUUGCCCACUUGAGUGAUUUUGGAAUUGCUAAGUUAUUGGGUGAAGGAGAAAACAAUGCAUACACUACAACCCUGGGAACAUUGGGUUACAUUGCACCUGAGUAUGGAUUGGAAGGAUCGGUGUCAAUAAAAUGUGAUGUUUAUAGCUAUGGCAUUAUGUUAAUGGAAGUAUUUACACGAAUGACACCAAGCAAUGAAAAGUUCUCAGGAGAUUUAAACCUAACGAGCUGGAUAAAUGAUUCUAUGCCUAAAGCAAUUACUCAGAUUAUAGAUUCGAACUUGUUGGUGCCAGAGGAGCACGACACAAAGAAGUUGAGAUGUUUGUCAUCUAUAAUGGAACUUGCUUUAAAUUGCUCCAUGGAGAGUGUCAGUGAGAGGGUGGACAUGAAAGAAGUUGUAACAGCAUUGAAAAAUAUCAAAUUUCAGCUCCUCGCUUAAGAGUGGUUUUAAAUUUAAUGUUCUCUAUGUGUUAUAUGAUGAUUCGGUGGUUCCGUGGAGAUUAUAUAUUUUAUCUGUAAAGU